UAUUGUUUAAUAAUGUAUGUUUACAUUUCAACUGCAGUGGCAAAAAGAAAGUUCUGAUUGAAAAUUAAUACAACGGCCCUGGAAUUCCUUAUUAUUUUAAAUCAUGCAUCACAUAGGCAACGAGCCAUUAAGUUCGUCAGCUCAUUAUUCUCAAAGAGAUCUCUUGGAAACAUCCUCAAAUUUGGAAUUAAAGACUGUUGCUAUAAAUCCCGAUGAUGCAUACACGGUGCAACAAGCUAUUAAUAUAUUCGGAUUUGGAUGGUUUCAUGUUAAGCUGUCUUUAUUGGUGGGACUCUGUUGGAUGGCAGAUUCUAUGGAAAUGACUAUACUAAGUAUUCUUGGACCGGCCCUAUCCUGUGAAUGGAAUAUUACAAAGUUUCAACAGGCAUCAGUAACCACUGUCGUGUUUCUUGGAAUGAUGCUUAGCUCUAGUUUUUGGUCACAAUUAAGCAACAGAUAUGGUCGCAAAUCAGCCCUAUCUUUGUUUGGGGUAUUAUUGGUCCUGUACAGCAUCUUAAGUUCGGUAGCUCCCAGCUUUUCGUGGCUAUUGUUACUUAGAGGUCUGGUUGGAUUUGCCAUUGGUUGUGUUCCCCAAUCUGUCACGUUAUAUGCAGAGUUCCUUCCCACAAAACACAAAGGAAAAUGUGUUGUACUAAUGGAUUGUUUCUGGGCAUUGGGUGCUUGUUUUGAAGUUGUGCUGGCCCUUGUAGUUUAUCCGUACUUUGGAUGGCGAGGACUGCUGAGUCUUUCUGCUACUCCAUUGUUGAUUUUCACUGUAUUGUCUCCAUGGCUUACUGAAUCGGCUCGUUAUCAUUCGUCCAAUGGAAACAAUGAAAAGGCUGUAAAGGUUCUAGAACAAAUAGCUAAGAAUAAUAAGCGUCAUAUGUUAAUUGGACGAUUGAUUCCCGAUGAAGAAAACACCUCUGCAGAGAGUUUUAAGUCACUCUUGAAGCCAAAUCUCUGUUAUACAACCUUAUUAUUAUGGUUCAUUUGGCUUGCUUCAGCAUUCUGUUACUACGGAUUGGUCCUGGUCACAACAGAACUGAUGGUUUCUAGAAAUAAGGAGCAGAGUCCCAAUGAAUGUGUCACAUUUAAGACAACCGAUUUUAUGGAUUUGCUGUGGAUAACGUUAUCAGAAUUUCCAGGAAUACUAAUAACAUUGGAAAUUAUUAAAUUUGUUGGAAAAAAGAAAACUAUGGUUAUGCAGUACAUAGUAUUAGUUGUGUGUAUUCUGAUAUUAACAACAAUCACAAGUCGAUUCUAUACUUCGAUUACACUAUUUCUCGCGAGGGGAGCAAUAUCAGGAAUUUUCCAGGCAAUUUAUAUCUACACUCCUGAAAUCUAUCCUGCACCACUUCGGUCUAUUGGUGUCUCUGGCUGCUCGGUGCUAGCUCGUUUGGGCGCCAUGAUCACACCCUUUGUCGCUCAAGUAUUAAUGGAGUCUUCCAAAUUGCAAGCAGUGUCCACUUAUGCUGCCGUAGGAUUUCUCGCAGCUGUAGCUUGUUCUUUAUUACCACGAGAAAAUAUAGGUUACCAUUGACUCUAUUACAAAAACAAAAAUCUAUUAUUUAUCAACAAUAAAGCUUUAUAUUUAAAACUCUAGGCUCCAAGUUAAUCCAUAUA